CCUCUAACCUACUGUCCCCAAUGAUGGGGCCUCUGGUGGGGCAUCUGCUGGCUGCCCUAUGUGUGGGGGUGGUAUUGGGCUGGGUCAGGGGCUCAGUCCCCAACCUAGGCCCUGCUGAGCAGGAGCAGAACCAUUACCUGGCCCAGCUGUUUGGCUUAUAUGGUGAGAAUGGGACGCUGACUGCAAGGGGCCUGGCCCGGCUUCUCCACAGCCUGGGGCUGGGUAGAGUUCAGGGGAUUCGCCUGGGACACCAUGGGCCUCCAACUGGUCGAGUUGCACCCUCAUCUGAAGACAACCUCACACAAAGGCUGCAGGACCCUGAGCUGAGUGUGGAUGUCUGGGCAGGGAUGCCUCUGGGUUCUUCUGGGUGGGGUGACCUGGAAGACUCAAAGUCCCCCCACCUACCCCAGGGGCCAGCCCCCUCGGGCCUAGACCUCUUUCACAGGCUUCUCUUGCUAGACCAUUCUUUGGCUGACCACCUGAAUGAAGAUUGUCUAAACGGCUCUCAGCUGCUGGUCAAUUUUGGCCUGAGUCCCGCUGCUCCUCUGACCCCAAGACAGUUUGCUCUGCUGUGCCCGGCUCUACUUUACCAGAUUGACAGCCGUGUCUGCACUCAAGUCCCAGCCCCAGCCCCUCCAGGAAACCUACUACCCGCCCUGCUUCAUAGUGCCCUGGCAGUCCUGUUGCUCAGCCUCCCUGCUCCCCUCUCCCUGCUACUGCUGCGGCUCCUGGGACCUCGUCUACUGCAGCCCCUGCUGGGCUUCCUGGGGGCCCUGGCUGUGGGCACUCUUUGUGGGGAUGCGCUGCUCCACCUGCUGCCACAUGCACAAGGAAGGCAGCAUGCAGGACCUAGCGGGCUACUAGAGAAGGAUCUGGGUCCGGAGCUGUCAGUACUCGGAGGCCUCUUCCUGCUCUUCAUGCUGGAGAACGUCCUGGGGCUUUUUCGGCACAGAGGGCUCAGGCCAAGAUGCUGCAGACGAAAGAGAAGGGAUCUUGGAACACCAAACCCAGACCCAGAAGACAGCACUGGAAUGGCUCUUUGGCCCCUGCAGGCAGCUCCAGAGCCAGGGGCUCAGGGCCAGAGGGAACAGAACAGCCACUCCCCACCAACAUCAGCCGCUCCAGGGCACCAAGGCCACAGUCACGGGCACCAGGGUGGUGGAGGUGCCCACAUCACGUGGAUGGUCCUCCUGGGAGAUGGUCUGCACAACCUCACUGACGGGCUGGCCAUAGGUGCUGCCUUCUCCGAUGGCUUCUCCAGUGGCCUCAGCACCACUGUGGCAGUCUUCUGCCAUGAGCUGCCCCAUGAACUGGGUGACUUCGCAAUGCUGCUCCAGGCAGGCCUGUCCUUUCGGAGGCUGCUGCUGCUGAGCCUCCUAUCUGGAGCUUUGGGACUAGGGGGUGCAGGCCUGGGGGUGGGGCUCAGCUUGGGCCCUGUCCCCCUGACUCCGUGGGUGUUUGGGGUCACUGCUGGGAUCUUCCUCUAUGUGGCCCUCGUGGACAUGCUUCCAGCCCUGCUUCGUCCUCCUGAGCCCCUACCUAUGCUCCAUGUGCUCCUGCAGGGGCUGGGGCUACUGCUGGGGGGCAGCCUCAUGUUUACCAUAGUCCUGCUGGAGGAGCAGCUGUUGCCCUUGGUCCCUGAUGGCUAACAGGGGCCAGGGGCAAGGGGUCCAGAGUGCCCUUCCUUCCCCCCAACCACAGGAAUGGAGGCGGGACACAGGGCCAGUAGGAGCAAUAGGAUUUUAAUAAACAGAACCCAUCCCAAAGCCAUGACUACGA